AUGCGACUUUGGGUAGUCAUGCCACCACGCGCUCCACCCCUGCUACACCCGGUGCUCUGCCGCGUGGCCUCUGUGCGGGACUGCAUGCAGCACGGUGUGUGUGCCGCGCUGCUGUUGCUGAGGAUAGGGAGGCUAUCAAAUGUUAAUUUCGCGCAGAUAAAUGCAAGUAACAAGUGGGAGUGCCGAGGCACUGAAGAUCUUUGCACAGGCCUCUCAACUCUUGAGGGGCCCCUGGCCAUCCGUCUCGGGGUGCAGGGAACUUGUGCUUUGGUGGGUAAUGAUGGAAAGAGCCAGAGAACAGAUGCCUUUUUAGUGUGGGCAAGACAAUUCAGCAGCACAAGCAGCACGAGGAUCGCCAACUCCAGCAGCAGCCCUUAUGGAAAUCCCAUAGGGAGGAGGCCUUGGAGCCACAUCGGGCGCAGCAGCUCCAGAAGUCGGUGGAUUUCAAGAGUCGACGAUUUGAUCCGUAAAGGCCAUCGCAAGGCUGAGUCCAUUGCCGCAGCGUCAGAGGAAGACUUCGCUUCUGCUGGACCAGCUGCUGCCGCUGCUGCCUCCUUCGCAGCCGAUGCAGCGACAGAACUGGAGGGCGGAAGAGCUGUAUCCUUGGACUGUAUUCACCCCGACUUGAAACAAAUUACACCGGCCUGGAACAGCAGACGGUGUGGAGUGCUCGCGUACAAGGUGGGAAUGAUGUCUUUGUGGGAUGGCUGGGGGGAGCAACACGCGGUGACAGUGUGUCAAGUGGAUCGCUGCGUGGUGCUGGAACAGAAGACGCUCAGCACCCACGGCUAUGAGGCUUGCGUUCUUGGCCUUGGAUACCGCUCCCCCUUGCGAGUAUCGCGUCCUAAUUUGUGCAAAUUCCUCUCCCUAGGGAUUGAACCGAAGGCGGUGACUGCCGAAUUCAAAGUCUCUUCUGACUGUCUGCUUCCCCCUGGCCAGGAACUGAGCGUCUUGCACUUCGUGCCAGGGCAGUGGUGCUUCGUAUCCGGGUGGACUAUUCCAAAAGGCUUUCAGGGCCCCGUAAAAAGAUGGGGUUUUAGAGGACAGAAUGCAAGCCACGGCACUGAAAGCAAGGCGCACAGAUCCCACGGGAGUAUUGGGCAAAGUAAGACUGUCAACGUCGUAUGGAAGUUUAAAAAGAUGGCUGGCCACGUCGGACCCGAUCCCCGAGUGGUUAAUUGUCAAGUUCUGCGAAUUCAAGCAGACAGGAACCUCAUCUUCUUAAAGGGGUGCGUGCCGGGUGGUGUGGGAUCCGUUCUAAAGAUAAGCGAUGCUCGGGGAAAGACACAUCACCAGCGCAAUCGUCAGAUUCCUUUGCCUUUCCCGACGUUCGUACCCCAACCUAGCGAAGUGUAUCCUCUGGUGCUCAACCGUCCGGAGAAGAAACAGGAUCCUUUCGCAUAUCCAGAGAUACCCAUCUAUGGAAAGGAUGAAAGCUAG